UCAAACAAACAACAAAAAGUAGUAAAACACAAACAACCAAAUGUUUACACUGUUUCUCGUGCUUUCAUAUAUAUAUAUACAGAGUACAGAGAGAAGAGAAGAAGCCCGAGUUGAGCUGAGUUAAGCUGAGUUAUUGUUGAGUUCAUUCCCGAUUCCAUCACCAGUUGAUGGGGAUCCGGUUCUCAAUUUCAUCCCAACCGUCAAAACCGAGUUUAGAUGAAUUGCCGGAAAGCUGCGUGGCCGUUAUGAUGGAAUACAUGGAUCCUCCUCAGAUUUGCAAACUAGCUUCUUUGAAUCGCACUUUUCGAAGUGCUUCUGCCGCUGAUUUUGUAUGGGAAUCCAAACUCCCCCCUAAUUAUAACGCCCUAAUUAACAAAAUCUUUGACGGUACUUUUCCAUCGUAUUUGGGGAAGAGAUGGCUUUAUAAGAUCCUUUGUUCCGUCAAUACUUUCGAUGGAGGCACCAAGAAAGUUUGGUUGGAUAGAAGCAUGGGUAAGCUGUGUUUGUGUAUAUCGGCUAAGGGAUUGUCAAUAACAGGGAUUGAUGAUCGAAGAUAUUGGAACUAUAUCUCCACCGAAGAAUCUAGAUUCACUAGUGUUGCAUACCUCCAACAAACCUGGUGGUUUGAAGUGGAUGGUGAAGUUGAAUUCCCAUUUCCAUCCGGCACAUAUAGCUUAUUCUUCAGAAUACAUCUAGGAAAAGCCUCCAAAAGGUUUGGAAGAAGGGUUUGCAACACAGAAUAUGUUCAUGGGUGGGAUAUAAAGCCUGUCAGAUUCCAACUGUGGACUUCGGACGGACAGUAUGGUUCAUCACAAUGUUUUUUGAAAGGCGCGGGGAAAUGGUGCUAUUACCAUGCUGGCGAUUUUGUUGUUGAGGAUGGUAAUGUAUCAACAAAAGUUAAAUUCUCUAUGACUCAAAUUGAUUGCACACAUACUAAAGGUGGUCUCUGUUUAGAUUCUGUGUUUGUGUAUCCGAGUGAAUUCACAAAGGUUAAAGAAUUUUUGAACUACUCUUAACCUCUAAAUUGAAAAUAUACUGUACUAGUAUUUUGUAUGCAUUAGAGAUUAGUGCAGUUGAGAAUCUAGUUUUUUAUAGGGUUCUUUUAGGUUUAGAAUUUUGUUUUCUGAUAGAAUUAGGUUUAGAAUUUUGUAGUAGCAAGGGGAUGAUGUGUAUAUAUAUUUAUAUAUAUGUAUGUAUAUCUACCAUAUAUAUUUUUAAUAAUCUUUUUGGAUACAAA